UCCAACCCUUCGGCCCCGCCACCGGAAGUCACGCCGGACGGAGCGUCUUCGCGGGGAGGCUUUCGCCCGGGGCCUCGGCGGCGAAUCCCGACACCGCGGCGAAGGCUCGAGGAGUGCCGGACAGGGGCCCGGGCAGACUGCUAAACCCAGGCUCAGACGCACAGAACGGGCUAGUGGCAAGUUGGAGCGCUCGGACCCCAGGCAUCGUCUAACUACCCUCCUGCCGUUUGCCUCUUCCAAAGCUCCGAGCAGAGGAGGGAAGCGGCAUUUAACAAAAAGCCUUGAGGGGUUCCAAGUCCCAACUUGCCCCCGGCCCGUGGAGGUGUGACUCGGUUUGACUAUCUGUAGAGUGGGGAGACUAGUCCCCUCCCUGUGGAUGGGGAAGCUGUGAGGCGGCACGAGAAGACCACGCGCUCGCAGCCGAGCCCGUCCGCCACACCCCGGCCUGGGAGCAUCUCUGUCCGCCGCACCCCUUUUUUUGCGGCGGCGUCUUGGUUCUCUUCUGCACUUGGGAACUUGGAACGCACCCUUGCCGCCACCUCCCCGCCAAGCCACGCCCCGCUGGGGGCGCGCCGGAAGUGCUCCUACGGAAGCCGGCGGGGAGGCGCGCGCCUCUUCGCCAUGGCGACGGCUGGGGCCCCGCGGCGCUUCUGCCGCUGCGCCUGUUUCUGCUACGAGAACCUGUACGUGGCGCGCUACGGGCUCCACGUGCGCUUCCGGGGCGAGGAGCAGCUGCUCCGGGACUACGGCCCGAUCCUGCGCAGCCGCGGGUGUGUCAGCCCCAAGGACUUCCAGCAGCUCGUAGGAGAGCUUGAGCAGGAGGUGGAGCGACGGCAGCGGCUGGGGCAGGAGUCGGCUGCCAGGAAAGCCCUCAUUUCGCAAUCCUACCACCCGGUGAGGCCCGAUGUCUACAACACGCUGCAGGAUGAGGCUCUGGCCCCCGAGUUUUUGGCCGCAGCUGAGUACAGCACGUCACCAGGUGCAGACUUCGAAGGCCUUCUCCAGCGGCUGGAGACGGUGUCUGGGGAGAAGCGUAUCUACCGGGUGCCGGUGUUCACAGCAGCGUUCUGCCGGGCCCUGCUGGAGGAGCUGGAGCACUUCGAGCAGUCAGACCUGCCCAAGGGAAGACCCAACACCAUGAACAAUUAUGGGGUGCUGCUGCACGAGCUGGGCCUGGAUGAGCCGGUGGUGACGCCACUGCGGGAGCGCUUCCUGCAGCCGCUGACGGCCCUGCUGUACCCAGACUGCGGGGGGGGCUGGCUCGACAGCCACCGGGCCUUCGUGGUCAAAUACGCCCCGGGCCAGGACCGGGAGCUCGGCUGCCACUAUGAUAACGCCGAGCUCACCCUCAACGUGGCCCUUGGCAAGGCCUUCACGGGGGGCGCCUUGUACUUCGGGGGCCUCUUCCAGGCACCGACAGCCCUGACCAGACCCCUGGAGGUGGAGCACGUGGUGGGCCAGGGCAUCCUGCACCGGGGCGGCCAGCUGCACGGGGCCCGGCCACUGGGCACGGGCGAGCGCUGGAACCUUGUCGUCUGGCUCCGGGCCUCUGCUGUGCGCAACCGCCUGUGCCCCAUGUGCUGCCGCAAACCCGACCUGGUGGACGACGAGGGCUUCGGCGACGGCUUCACCCGCGAGGAGCCCACCACCGUGGAUGUGUGCGCGCUGACUUGAGCGGGGUCGCGGUGGGGUAGCACGGCCAGCGAGGGCUCUGCCUCCUUGGGUUGGGCCGGACAAGAAUAAACUCCCUGUCUCCCUCAGGCCCUUCUUGGUUCGAAAGGACACACAAGCGUCUGCGUCAUUCUUUCAGCAGACAGGCUGGCGUGGGUCCGGUCUGUCCGAGCCAGAAACUGAGAUGGGGAUUCCUGGGCAGGUGGUUUGUUGAAGGAGUACCUUCAGGAGAAGGGCGUGAGGGAAGGACAGGGCAGGAAGGAGCUGGGCCAGGAUGUGGUUUCGAAGGGCAUCCAGCCUCGGCCCAAUCCCACGGAGGGCUCUGGAGCC